AGACCAUGGAUACCAGCUGGGGGUGGGGGUGUCACUGAUCUCCCGGCUGGGCGUCCCCACAUCCAUGCCAGGGAGUCCCAGAGCCAGACCCAGGGCAGAGAGACCAGGAGCCCUCGCCUGGUGCUGAGAUGCGGCUGACUCUAGGGAGGGGCAGCUGGGUAACUGCCACAUAGAACAGCUUCAAAUGGGGCUGGCUCCUCCGCCCCUGAGAUGCAGCCACCUCUGGGGCGGGCAAGCGGGUACCAGCCGCACAGAACACCCAGCCAGGGGGGUUGGGACAGGAAGUGAAGGCGACUUGUGGGUCGGUCUCCCCUCCCCUCCCCCGCCCGCCUCUGUCUCCGUCUCCAUCCCUGGUUCAUUCAUAAAUACAGCCUGCCCCUCCCCCCGCGCUCCGCUGACCCCCCGCCCCACCAGCCGGGGAGGGCGGAUCCAGAGGCGGGGACCCCCCCGCUCGGAGCGAUGCGGACCCUGCGCUGGCUGGCGGCCCUGGCUGCUCUCCUGGAGCUGGGGCUGGCCCCGGGGGCCGGUGGGGAGGCAGGCCCGGCUGCGACGUGCCCGCCGCGGAUCCGGCUGAAUUGUCUCCUACAGCGGCGUAAGGGCUGCGGCCCCGGGGGGAUCCGGAGCUGUGGCCCCUGCAUCCGCCCCUACCAUGAGGACCCCGAUGGGGACUGCGUCCUCGAGACGCUGCAUAGGAAUGACGACAGAGCCAAGGCCGACGCUAGGCCCAGCGACCUGGCCACCCUCAUCCGCUCCCUGGUGGCCAAAAAACAGAAGGGAUCCAGGACCCCUGGGACCGAGCCCCCCCAGCACGCUGGAUCCAUGGGGAUUGACCCCCAGGUUCCUUCGGUCACCGAGACCCCCCCUACAUCUCCCCCUCCCCCCACCACUCCCCCGUCCGCCAAGAUGCCAGGGUCCAGCCCCCCCGCGGAGGAAGACCUGAACUCGGCCCCGGAUUCCCGGCUCAAUGAGGCCGUGUCUCUGCUGCUGGUGUUGAUGUGCUCAGUGACCGGGGUCUCAGGGCUGCUGGUGGCUGCCCUCUGCUGGUACAGGUUGCAGCAGGAGGUGCGGCUGGCCCAGAAGAUGGCAUAUACGGCGUAUCGGGGGAAUCAUUAUCGAUACCACCAGCCCAGAAUGUACAUGGACGCCCGGCUGGCCCAGUCCUGCCAGGUGCACCAGUACCAGCGCCAGAAAAAGAUCCUGACCAAUGAGGCGAGCCCCCCAAAGCCCGUCCAGCAGCUCUCGACAGAGUCGGAGACUGAGAAUGGGGACUUCACGGUGUACGAAUGUCCCGGACUGGCACCGAGUGGGGAAAUGGAAUCCACAACCCGCUCUUCAACACGGCGCCCGCCCGGCAGCCCUGCCCCCCCUAACCCUGCCCCCCUGCCCCCGCCAUUCAGCCCCCCUCCCUCGGAGCAGCACAGCACCCCCUUGGAGACAUGGGGGGAGGUGGAUCUGCUCAGAUUUUGGCAACAUCUUCCCCAAGAACCCGCCCCCACCAGAACGACUCGGGGGGGGGGUUAAAGGUGAUGGGUCAUCACUCUGAUGCGGGGACCCCCAUUUCUCCCCUGCUCUCUACCCUCCUGAAGACCCAUCUGUCCAGAGCAUGGUUCCUUUCAGGGGGCAGGGACUGUGCUAUGGGGCUGGUCCAUAUGGGGGGGAUAUUGACUGGGGAGAACUAUACAAGGUAGGAACCAUAGGAGGGUCUUAGUGAGUUCAGGAGUUGGGGGGGAUUGGAUUUGGGGUGACACCAAGAGAAAAUUGCCCAGGGGAUCCAUAUAGAAGGAUACUGACUGAGACUAAACAGUGUGUGUGUGGGGAGCUCUGUGGGGCAGAACCAUGGGUUCCCCUCACCUCCCAACUGCCCACUCCCAGCAGGCCAAGGAGGGGGCUGGUGGGUACCAUGAGAUCAGGAGUGACACUGAAGUGACACCAGGAGACAGACAGGGUGGCGUAUAUAAGGGGUAUAUUGACUGGGGGAACCUAAACAGGGUAGGAACCAGAGGUGGCGUCCUGCUGGGAGGAGGGCAGCUGGGGGGGGACAAGUAUUGAAGUGACACCCCAGGGUGAUAUUGACCAGCAGGUUAGUGACUGGGGUGAGAAUCAUGGGAGGAGUCAUAGACUCAAAGGGGACAGGGACUUAGGGGAACCCAUAUUGAGGUGACACCAAGUCUCCCCAACCCCCCCGACGGUAGUUUGACCAGGGGGUCGAUAUAGGGGGAUAUGGACCAGGAACCGCCCCUCCCCCAUUCACUCUCCUUCCCCCUAAGGCCAAGCAAGCAGAGAAUUGGAAGAUCCUGGCCGUGUGCACAACGGCCCCGCGGCGUCAUACGUGUGCUGGUGUCUGGCCACGCAUGAGCUGGGCUCGUGGCUGGGCUGCGGCGUGGCCAGGGCUGAGUCCCACGGCAGCACGUGUGGCCCUGACGCUGGCAUGUGACUGAAUGGCCGCGCAUGGCCGGCCGGGUUUCCCUCAUCCGUAACGCCCCGGGCUCACACGCGUGUCACAGCCGCGCUCAGUCAUGUGGCUGUCAGGGCUCCGGAUGUCCCGGCAGCUCCCACGCCCAGGGCUGUUGGCGGGGAAACAUGGGGCAGGUCUGAGCCCCCCAGCAGGGGGCGCUGACUUGGGGGGCAGAUCUGAGCCCCCCAGCAGGGGGUGCUGACAUACAUGGGGGGGGUCAGGUCUGAGCCCUCAAGCAGGGGCACUGACACAAACACACUCUGGUUCAUACCAGGGUCCCAGGGGAGAUCAGAGGGAGAUGCUAGAGGCCCCCUGCUCCCCGCCUGCCCAGCUGCCCCCCCACAUACUGUUCCCCGCCAUGCUGCUCCCCCCAGUUUCCCACCCUAAGUCCUAUUUAUUCAACCUCCAACUUGGAAUAAAAGAGGAAAAGCAAAAGAGAUGAAGGCGUCUGUGAGUCUCGGACACUAGGUCUGGCCCCUCUAGGGGUGCUGGCUCUGAUCCGGGGAGGACACAGCCGUGGGGCUGCCAAUGGGCUGCGGUCCCAUCUCCUGGACUGCAGGACAAAGGGCUGGGCCAUGGGGCAGGAUGGGAGACACGGAGCCUAUGCCCCAUAAUCCCCCAUUCCCGGUCAUGUGACCCUGAGAUUGAGGAACCCCCCACGUCCUUCGCCAGGGCCCCCUGCAACACCGAAGCCUCUUAGGUAUCUCUUCUAUCAACAUCCCCUGAAGUAUCUGCCACCCUGAAUCCUAGACAGGGCUCUCCUACUAGGAAGGACCCCCC